UUUUGUUUGCACCUUACCCAUUCAUCCCUGGUCAUCCUGAGCUGAGCACCUGGGAGGCCGACAGCCAGGUUGUCCGCAGGUCACGGAGAAGCACAGGCGGGCUGACACCACCGUGCGCCCGUGGGAAGAGGCUGCCAACAUGCUCUGCCCUUCGGAGAGCUCCUGCAACAUCACAGAAACUUUUAAUGUAACGCAGAAGAUGGAGAGCGGAGCCGCGGCGGCUGCUUGGAACCUCAGCGGGAAAACUAACGACACCGACCCGUUUGGGCGCAACGAGGAGGUGGCUAAGAUCGAAAUCACGGUCCUGAGCCUGGCUUUCGUGGCGGCGGUGGUGGGGAACCUGAGCGUCCUGUUGGCCAUGUACAGGAGCCAGAGGAAGCUUUCCCGGAUGCACCUGUUCAUGAAGCACCUGAGCCUGGCGGACCUGGUGGUCGCCUUCUUCCAGGUGCUGCCGCAGCUCUGCUGGGAGGUCACCUUCCGCUUCUACGGGCCGGACUUUCUGUGCCGCAUCGUGAAGCACCUGCAGGUUCUGGGUAUGUUCGCCUCCACCUACAUGAUGGUGAUGAUGACCGUAGACCGCUACAUCGCCAUCUGCCACCCGCUGCAGACCCUCCAGCAGCCCACGCAGCGCGCCUACAUCAUGAUUAGCUCCACCUGGGCGUGCAGCCUGGUCCUCAGCACCCCGCAGUACUUCAUCUUCUCCCUGAGCGAGGUGCGGCCCGGAUCGGCCGUCUACGACUGCUGGGGGCACUUCGUGGAGCCUUGGGGGCUGCGCACCUACAUCACUUGGAUCACGGCCGGGAUCUUUCUCGUUCCUGUGGCCGUGCUCGUGUUCUGCUACGGGUUCAUCUGCAGGACGAUCUGGAGGAACCUUAAGUGCAAGACCCGGAGGAAGAGCGCGGACGCCGUGGUGGAGGCCACGAAGUCCGGGAUCCUUGGCAGGAACUCGGUAAGCAGCGUCUCGACCAUCUCCCGCGCCAAAUUACGCACGGUCAAGAUGACUUUCGUGAUCGUGGUGGCCUACAUGGUGUGCUGGGCUCCAUUCUUCACCGUGCAGAUGUGGUCCGUGUGGGACAAGACCUUCUCUUGGCACGAUUCUGAGAACGCCGCCGUGACGCUGUCCGCCCUGCUGGCCAGCCUCAACAGCUGCUGCAACCCCUGGAUCUACAUGAUCUUCAGCGGCCACCUGCUCUCUGACUUUUUUGGCCUCUUGCCGUGUUGUCAUCGGCUGCGAGACCGGUUCCGGCAGCAGGAUUCAGACAGCAGCAUCCGGCGGACCACACUGCUGUCCCGCCUGCAGGGUCCACGUCUCUCGGAGCCCUUCAGAGACCUCAACUUCACCAUCAAAAACUGUCCACAAGCCACACUUGCAUUAUGACCCUCACAAAACAUGCCUGUUCUGUUAAUAUUGGGUUUGUUGCAGCGAUGAAUGGAGGAGAGCAUGAUCAGUUUUUGUUGGUCCAGUCCAAAGGGGGAAGGUUUACUCCGUGGCACGUCAUCGUUAAGUCAGACUCUGUGGGUUAAACAACAGUUUUCAUGAUGGUUAUUUUAACAUAUUCAGCUAAAAACAAACUUUCUGAUGUAAGAUGCCUGAAUGUGGUCUCAAAAAGGAUUAUUUACCACUCCAUGCCGGUGCUAAGGGGUUAUAAAAAUCAUUUGGAAAGUAUAAUUCUUUAUUUCCUCGGAGAAUGUGUGGAAUUUAAGGACAACUAGGAGAAGAAAGCUAUGUUUCUUUGUAUUAACAUACGUUAAUACAAGUUACGAUUUACAGUUAGAGAUGGAACCACUGAUCCUAUGACUAAAAAGACUAGAUAUAAACACAAGAAGAUGGCUGGUAACUGAAUGUUUUGGACUCAAACCCAGAGUUUAUAUUGUGUAAAACUUAUUGACUAUAACUUUGAUUCAAUUCAUAAAAGUUCUCUUUCCGGUUUGGGUCAAGGCCACACCUUGAACACACCUAUAGUUCUUAGUCAUUCAGUACAAACGCAAAACUCAAGGUUUGACUCAUUUGUUUACCUCAUCCCUUAUAUCCCACUCAUCAUCUCAUCAAUGUUUAAAACAUUCUUUAACUCAAUUCGUUCUCAUCAUUCCUCUUCCCUUUACCCAUUUCAUCACGUUUUCCUCACUGCUAUUUUUUGCAUCUUACCAAACUCAUCCCCAGCAUUCUACCUUAAAACUCUGCUUUACCCCACUCAUUCUCAUAACUUCUCUUUUUAAGACGCACCCAUUCUUCUCUUACAUACCUAUUUUUCAUCCACCUCAUCGCUUCUUACUGCUCCCUAUCACCCUUUUGCCAUUUUUCAUCCCCACCUUUUUUUCAUCCUGAUCGUUUUCUUAUUUUUCCCUUAAAAUACAAUUUAUCCUACUCAUUCUACUUAUAUUUCCACCUCCUUACACCUUUUUAUCCCACUCAUCCUCCUGCUCUUUUUGGACAUCUUUUGCCUUCUCAUUUUUAUCACUCCUCAUGUCUAGCCCUUUUCUUCUCACUCAUCCUUUUCCUGUUACUGUGAUGUGUAAGCCAAAACCUUUUUGACAUGUAAAUAAGUUGUUUACUUAUGCGUUCAAAUAACAUGAGGAGCUGCAGAUGCAAUGAUUGGUUUACAGUACAUAUGCUUGUCCAGAGAUACAUCAUUCAUAACUGUUUACUUCAUGAACUGACAUAAAAAUAGUGCAAACUGCACUUAUAUAUUGAAAAAUAUUCAGUUAAUUAUCCUGAAUGUAUGAUUAUUACUGAGUGCAUUUUUUGUAGCUGUGAUGUCUAAUAUCUUAUUAAAAUCUUAAGGUGCUUUUGGAAAUAUGAUUUAAUCUGGCCAUAUGUUCCUUGUAAUUGAAUAUGCACUUUGUUUAAUAUGAUCAAUAAUGUAAAUAUGUGGUUUGAGGUUUUGUGACAUUUACUUGAAUAUUGUCGCAUUGCUUUGCAUUAGGAUGGUACUGGGGUCCCUCAGGGUAUUGCAGGUGUAAGAUAUUGUACCAAAGUGUUGUGUUCUGUCUGUUGUGCACAUGCUGUAAUAAAAGAUGAAAGUUUUAUGUAA